UUGUUCCUUCGCCUGAGUUGUGUGUGUGUCUGUCCGUGUGUGUUGUCAGAGGGUUGCUCGUGAUCGGCUCAGGUUCGAAUCUCCGUUCGUCAAAUCCCCAUCCGCGUUGGUCCGCCAUUAGCUCGCCAUUCCUUCGCGCAUUUCAUCUCCACGGAUCGACUCCAUCAAGGACUCUCAUCGUUGCCCCUGGAUCAAGAUCUCUGAGUGUCGAGAUGUCUGAGAACAAGGACGAGGCUGAGUAUAUCAAAUUGAAGGUGGUGGGGCAGGAUUCGAACGAGAUCCACUUCCGCGUCAAGAUGUCCACGCAGAUGGGCAAGCUGAAGAAGUCCUAUUCUGAGCGGGUGGGCGUGCCCGUGUCUUCGCUGCGGUUCCUGUUCGACGGUCGCCGCAUCAACGACGAUGAGACGCCCAAAGCCUUGGAAAUGGAGCAAGACGACGUGAUUGAGGUCUAUCAGGAACAAACCGGGGGUGGUGGGAAAGGCCAGGCCCACCCAGGGGCUCAAUAGAGAGAUAGUGCAAUGGAUGGUUAGAGGCGGACGGAGGAGGCGUGGGGCAGGACUGGGUGGGAAGGGCCACCCACCCGUUAGUAUUACUCCCGAUGGAUUGAUCUGUUGGUCUGUUCAUUGCACCAUCCAUCGCACGCCUCCGGGGACGCGGGCCAGACGUCGUCCAGCCUGGUUCUGCCUGGGUCCGCCCUCAACCCGCCUCCACUCAGACCAUUACUAUCUUUGCUUCUACUACUACUAAAAAUGCUACCAUUGCUAUUUCUGUAACCUCAUUUCAUGCUGUGUCGUCGAAGAAGAAGGCGACUGCGCCUUGUAAAAACACAAAUUCCGGAGAAUACAAACACUCCCUUGACCUCCCAA